AUGGUCGCGUUCGAAGAGUACAUUCGGUGUGAACGAGUUUCGUUCCGGAUCUGGAGAGUUUUGGGCCUGUGGGCAACCAAAGAUGAAACUCUAUCUUAUCGGGUCUUUCGAUUGUCCUAUCACUUUCUCUUUACAAUAAUUUACAUUUUCGCGAUGGUCACCAGUUGUUUUUAUGCCGAAAACAUUGAAGAGUUGUGGACUGAUAUUCUGUUCAUCUUGCUGACGAUGCUAGCCAUGUUCACAAAAAUGGUAGUGAUUGUGAGAAACUUUGAAAAAAUCUAUUGUUUGCUCAAAAUGACGGUAUCGGACAGCUUUAAACCUCAAACAGAAAUCGAGGCUCGUAUUCUAGAUGACAAUCUGCACGUGUUUAGCAAUGCAAUGCUUGUGUACCUAUCGGUUACCUUUAGCUGCCUGUGGGCUCAUCUGGGAUUUCUGUUCGACGAUCGCUACAAGCUACCAUUUUUCAGUUGGUUCUUUUGGCUUCCGCUGGGAAAAGGCAAUCCACUGAAUUACUAUUUGAUUUUUGUGUAUCAAAUGUUCGGUAUGCUCGGCCAUUGCUUGUUUAACGCAUCAAGCGAUGUUCAGCUGGGAUAUCUUUUGCUGAGUGGUGGAUUGCAACUCGAUAUUUUGAGCGAAAGUUUCGCUAGACUGCCCGUUCCUACAUCCGGAAAACCGAACGAAAUCCGUUACUACCAGAAAACGUUCCAGAAUCAAGUUGAUCAGUACAAUCGAAUCUGUCGAUUCAUUCGGGAAAUCGAAUCGACAUUCACUCUCACAGUAUUCAUUCAACUGUGUGCUAGCGGAAUCACCAUCUGUGCCAGCGUGUUUCGACUUUCGGCGAUCAGUAUCACCGACCACUUGGGUUCGUCAAUUCCAAUAUUCUUCUAUCUGGGGGCCAUGCUGAUACAGGUGUUUGUACCCUGCUAUUUCGGUAACGAAGUUACCCUUAAAAGUCAAAAACUUACCAACGCCGUCUUCAGUUCAGGAUGGUAUAACAACCGACAGUUGAAGGACCAGAAAAAUGUCAAACUGCUGAUGCAGCGUUUCAACGAACCUAUUCGUCUAAAAGCUGGUCACUUUUUCAACUACAACCUGGAGGCGUUUAUGUCCACCCUUAAUACGGCUUAUUCAGUGUAUGCAGUUUUGAACAGUAAAAAUAGAAAAGGCUGAACAGUUUGCUUAAAAAGAUCACAAAAGGAUUUCUUUCAAAUAAAAAGUUUAGUUUUGACCUCCGUCGUAUGAUAUAAAUUAUUAUAUUUUUCUGUCUCAGUUCGCUUAAAACGAGCCCAAUCAAAGGAUAAUAAUCGUAAGCGAUUUAAUCAUAAUCUAUCUCGUUCAAUUUUUGAAUAAUAUCUAAUAGAUUAGUUACGAUUAUUUUGAAUUUCAUUGUUCAUAUUAAUCAUUGGUCUUCAGUUAUUCAAAUAAGUAUAAUAAAUUAUUAGUCCUUUGCCGAAGAAGGAAGCGAAACGAAGUUUGUUUUCUAUUCUUCUAGAAAGCAUUUUACUCGUGAGUCCCGAUAGAUUGAACCUGGUGUGACCAAUUUUGGUUAAAUCUUGUUAAGUUGAAAACAUGCAGCUUGCGUGGAAUGAAUGGAUCUAUAAAGCAAUGCGGAAAAUGGUUAAUGUCGUUUGUGUAAACAGUUACAGAAAUUAGAUUUUGCUAGAUUUAAUUUUGUUUCAUUUAAAACGAAGA